AUGUACGAAUGUCACAGCCUUCAUCACUGUAUCCUCCCGGUGAACGGUGCGGGACCCGCAGGAGUGCUCGCCCCCCGCCGGACGUUGUGCAUCACGUGCCUUGUCGCUCAGUUCGACAAACUCUCAGCAGCUUCAGCUGCUCGGGCUCUGCAGGACGCAUCGCUCCUUCUGCAGCAGAGUUUUUGCCCGAAGGUCGGCAAGUAUUCGGUGGGAGUACCAGUUGACUGCUCAACAGACAGUUCUGCGAUAUUGCAUGAUGUACCCGUAUCGCUGUGGCGCUCCCUCCUUUCGUUUCACGACGUGCUCGCGCAGUUGGCAGGGAAGUUGUGCUCGACUGCUACGUUGCGUCGUCACGUGCCGCUCUACAAGGCGGCUCUUGCGCUGCUCAGUCUCAUCUUCACGCUGCUGAGGGAUGCGGUGACCGUUGCCCCCUCGCCUAGUGCUGGGGCGCCGCCAGCCAAGUGCGACUGCCUCGGCGUGGAGGAAAGGGAAAUCGCUGCAAACUCUCUGCGGACGGUGCUCGCUGGGCUAGCACGCUGCGUCUGCGAUGCGGUGUGUGUGGGGCUGGUGCAGGAAGGCGAUACCUCCGCCUGCCUCCUCCUCCUUACGGACCUGGCUGACACGAGCCCCACAUUUCUGCGCGCAGUUGCAGAAAGCUGCGUGCCGUCGGUCUGUGCGAUGAUGGAGCCGUUGUGCGACGCCUACAGAGUGGAGCUGGUGCUGUACUUGCUGCAUCAAGUCUUUGAGACGUGCGCGGGGCAGCCGGCGUGGCUGGAGAACUUGGCCGUGGUGCUGUCCCGCACCACCUGCAACCCCCACUGCAAUUCCUUUCUGGACUACUUGGCGUGGGCGUUGGAAACAUUCCGCGACGAUGAACCUGUGGUUGUUAAUGCAAUUUGUCUCGCGCGAUUCGUUCUGGCUUACGAAACUACAAAACGAGAAAUGUUGUUUGUCGCAAGGGGCGGUGGAGGUGCUGAUGGCAAUAGUAGAAGCAGCAACAGAGGCGACACAUCUCUAGGCGCGCCAGUGAGGCUUAUUCGCAACCUGAUCUUGCUGUUGCUGUAUCCCAAUGCUGACGUUGUUGUGGCUGCGGCUGAAACGCUGCGGGAAUUCCUCAUCGCGACGCGGUUGUUUGGCGAGUGCUCUGAUGCGUCAGAUUACGUGAUCGAGUCUCUUCGAACAGCUUCGUCAGAUUCCGCUACCGCCCUGGUGCAGCUGCUGAACAGUCUCCCACUCGAGAUGAUCCCUCCGGGCCCCACUCUCCGUGUUGUUUUCGAGCUUGCGAGCAACAAUGGAAAGGCGUUCGAAGAGGCAGUCAAGGGACCGCACUUUAUGGCUUUAGUCACAGACCGCUUCACUAACGUCAAUGAUGUGGCGCAGCGGGUUGUGCAGAGUGUGCAGAACGGAAACUCCAUUUCGCUUCAAUGUUUCUUGGUACAGGUUCUCUGCCUCAAGGCCGCGUGUGGCGGGGAAAGGAUUGAGGCAUGCGCGCUACUUCCUGUGAAUGUCUCGAUGAUUGCAAACACGCUGCUUCAUCUACUGCAGGAGUCAUGCGGUGCGGCGUUCACAGAGGAUGAGGCAUGCGACAGCCAGUGGCCCUUCGGCAACCGCCUUAUGUCUCUCCGUAGCGAGACGCUUUGCAGCCUCAUUUCUGUCGUGGCGUUUUUACUUCCCUUCUGUCAGGUAGCAUUGCUUCGCGUUGCUGCUGAGCUUCUGGGAGAGGCUCUGCGAAAGUUUCUAGAGUGGAGUUCUGUUUGUGUGGAUAGUCGGAUUACAGUUGACAACAACAGUGACAGCAUAGGCGGUGAUGCACUGUUGGCACUUAGCGCGACUGUGCUGGAGCAUGUUGUCGGUGGCGCGAACGAGGUGAGGAUGAUGGACAGACUUCUUGAGCAACAGGUGCGCUAUCUACUUCAAAACGGUCUUCUUACCCUCUUACUUCGUAUCCCAGGCAGUUCGCCCGAUCUUCGGGCACGCGUUGUGGGCCACUUUAUGUGUGUUGCGGAGGCAAACCGCAAGGGUACGUGUGUGGGCAUGCCGGACCCUCUCGUAAUGGAUGACUCGACCUCGCUCCAGGUGCUUCUGGAUAGGACCUUUUGCUGCCACCCGCACUGGGCAGCAUCACUUUUGUUGGCGCUGGCAACCGCCGGUUGUCCUCAGCCAGUGGACAUNGAGACGUUGGAUGAUUUUUUUUUUCUGCAACUUUCCCUGCUUCCUUGUUUUUCCGAUGAGGCGAGGCGGCUACUGGCACCGGGUGUUGUCGGGGACAACUACAAGAGGAGCAUGGAUGAUGAAGGUUGUGCCAUUGCUGUUCUCACCGCACUGAAGACAUGCGCAGCCUACUACAGAUGGAUGGGUGAUCUCCCCCGCAGAGACAUUGCACACCUUGAUUCUUGCUACGUGACGAGUGGGGUUUCUGCUGUCCCGCAGGAACUCAGACACCUCUUCUUUCUUCUUUUUCGUUCCGCGGAGCCGUCAUGGCUGGAUGCGUUGGGCUCUCGCGGCUGGGGUACGGCGCUGCUGGCCAUCCUGGUCUCUGCGGCUGCCGUAGACGUUGAGGGCGACGCCUCUACCGGGAACGUUGAAGAGGCGCACGAUCACCUCUUCUCGGGUGCACAUCCACCAGAGGAUAGCGAUCGGACUGCACUUUGCCGUCUUGUUGUGAGGCAUGCUAAAAGCUGUGGGUUCGUGUUUUCACAAUUGUUUGGUGUGGCGCGGAGGUUGGAUGCCGCUAUCCAUUCCCUCAAUCGCUGUGUCAUACGCUUCUUGUGCCGGUGCGUCUCGUUGGCGGCGGGCGAAGGCACCUUUGCAUCGACGGCAUUCAUCCGCCCGCUGCUCGAGCAGCACGUGACGCCCUUCUUGCUUUACAGAGAGACACCCGACCUGGUAGGAGAUGUGGCGCGUCUUGUCGUGCUGACGCUCGCCCGACUUCCAAUGUGUGCGGCGAGUUGCUGCGACCACACAGUGUUCAAGUGGGCUAUGCAGCAUGUUGAGAUCCAGGGCGCGCAAGUGUAUGUGUGGCAAAUCUUAUUCCUUCUGCUGGAGCGCACGCACGGCAGCGAAUUCGCCCUGCGGCACGAGGUUGAGCUUGAGGCAAAGCUUCGACUUGCGGGAGCGGGGAAACUCCCUCCUGGUCUAUCGGCAACACUUGCAACGGUGAGGUGGAUGGUGGAGACGGCAAUGCGGCGACGCGGAGUGCAGCGCUCUUGUCCCAUCGUGCCUGUCCCGUUGCAUGACUGGGCGCAGAGCCCACCACAAAAUGCCCUGCUACGCGCAUACAUCAUAUCGGCCGCUGAGCGUCGUACGAGGGACGUACCGCCGGAUGCAGGUCUGCUGGAGGCGGCGCCACUGCUACUUGCGUGGUCAAACGACAUGUUCGCUCGGCGGUGCGCCACCGUUGCGACGGCACGUUUGGUUUACGCGCUGCUGAGAGCCUGCCCGAAGUUAUCAGCCUCGUUGGAGGCGCUUGGGUUGCUACUACUGCUGAUGCAGGUGACGGACACUGGCAGCCGGGACAGCACGCACGCAAGCGUUGGAGUGGAGGAGCGUGCGUGGGUGUGCGCGGCCCUGCUGUCUGCCUGGCCGCCGUGGGGAGUGGCGUGUGGGCUCAAGGCGGUCACCGAUGACUUUCUCACUACAUUGGAGGCACCGCAGCGAAAUGCCCAUGGAGUAAAGCGACCACGCGAGGAUACCGGGGACGCUGCUGCUGUUGUUGUGGAUUUUGCUGCUGUAUCAGCUGAAGAGCCAGGCGUGCGUCAUGCCAUGCAGGCACUGGUGGCGGCGUGUGAGCGCCAGACUGAGCGCUGCGGGGCAUUUCCGCUGAGUCGCGUCAACGACUUCUUCCUGCACGGGGAGUGUGCCGUCGCUGACGCCGAUGCCACGUGCGAGGUUACAUUUACGGCUGCCCACGAGGGCUGUGAGUUGUUUCUCCAGCGCUAG